UCAAUACCCAACACUGCCCUGAGCAAAAGAACUUGUGUGCUGGGGAAAAAAAUCUGUGUAGAAUCUGGUCAUCUGCACAGCCAAGCGCCAAGGGUUCUCAGAGGGAUCAUCUAUGGGUCUGGAGCAUCGGUGAACCUUCUCCAUAACUGCUGAUCACAGAACUGCAGGCUUUGGUGACCCUAUACCAUUUUUUAUACAGGAGAACUUAAGAAAGCCUUCAAAGGGGCAACUACAAUCUCUCACUUUUUUUUAUACAUAUCCAAGGACAAGCAGAUCCACGCUAAAGGUGAUCCACCAUGGCAGGUCAUCAUGUGAUUAUGCACAACACACUUAUGGGUGAACCUUACAUAGAAAUAUUUGAGCAGCCCCGUCAGAGAGGGAUGAGAUUCCGAUACAAAUGUGAAGGGCGAUCAGCUGGCAGUAUCCUUGGUGAACGAAGUUCAGAAAAUAAUCGCUCGUACCCAUCAAUCCAGCUGCAGAACAUGAACUACAAUGGUAAAGGCAAAGUGAGGGUGACAUUAGUCACAAAAAAUGAACCAUACAGGCCACAUCCCCAUGAUCUGGUUGGGAAAGAUUGCAGAGAUGGGUUUUAUGAAACCGAAUUUGGUGCUGACCGCAGAGUAUUGUGCUUUCAGAACUUGGGUAUUCAGUGUGUUCGAAGAAGAGAAGUAAAAGAUGCCAUUCAUUCCAGAAUGAUGCGGAAAAUCAAUCCUUUUGGAGUGCGAGAGGACCAACUGCUGACGAUUGAGGAUUAUGAUCUAAACGUUGUGCGUUUGUGCUUUCAAGUUUUUCUUGCUGACGAGCAUGGGAAUUACACCAGAGCUUUACAUCCUGUUGUUUCCAACCCAAUUUAUGACAACCGUGCUCCUAACACUGCUGAACUUCGGAUAUGCCGAGUAAAUAAGAACUGUGGUAGUGCAGCAGGAGGAGAUGAAAUAUUCUUGUUAUGUGAUAAAGUUCAAAAAGAUGACAUUGAGGUACGAUUUUUCAGCAAUACUUGGGAAGAUAAAGGACAAUUUGGACAAGCGGAUGUGCAUCGUCAAGUUGCUAUUGUAUUUAAGACCCCUACAUUUCCCUUUGAUAUCACUGAAGUCACAACAGUGAAAAUGCAGCUUAGAAGACCAUCAGAUCAAGAAGUCAGUGAACCUAUGGACUUCCGAUACAUUCCUUGUGAAAAAGAUAAUUAUGCUAAGAAGAUGAAAAAAAAUGAAGAUAUGUUGCAAAGAUUUUAUGGUUCCCUUCGAAAUAAUCAAGUGGAAAAAACAACAAAGUCAUUGCAUGCUAUGGAACGACCCAUAAAGAAAGAACCAGUAAUGAAUGAAACAUGCGUGAAGCCUAAAAAUGAAAUUGAUUCCAUGCCAAGGUCCAGCCCGUCACUCUUCACUUUUAACAUGCAUACACUGCCAGAAACAGGAAAUGUAUCCACAGCACCAAGUUCUCAGAAUUUCCUUUGGCAAAAUGCAAGCGCAUCAUCCAACCCAACUACCAUCCCAAAUUAUGGUUAUACUCUAAGCACCACGCCAACAAUAAACAUAUCUGCUCAGAAAGCCUAUCCGAUGAGAAAAGCUCCAGAGGCUUCGGCUAACUCCUUGGAUUUUAAUGCUAUAUUCCACUCAAACGCUGAUCCUACUUUGCAAAAGGCGACAUAUGUUUCUGAGAAAGGCCUACCUAAUACGUUUCGUGUGCCUAAUGUCUCUCAGUCCAAUUACUCAAUCCUAUCUACUGAAAACUCCAUGUAUGGAUCACCAUAUCACCGAGAUGCAUACGAAACAGAUUCCAAUCAGAUGAUAUUGAAUUCAUUGAAUGAAACUUCUUGCUCCAGUAUUUCUCAAGCCAGUUUUUACAGUUCCCAGUUUCAUCCUACACAACCGGACAGCAACAUGUCCAACCAGCCAUGCGGUGAUCUAUUAGAAGCAUCGGGUGACUAUAUUAUGAGUGUUGAUUCAGAAUUCGAAACCAUCUUGGAGAAUAUAUCAAAAAGCAUGGCCAACCAAUAGCACACUUAGAAACUGGUGUUAUUUUUAUUUUUUUAAUGACGUUAGAUUGACAGACCUCAGGAACCUAAUUAUUCCUCUGGACCUGCGAAGUUUCAGAAAUAAUAUGGUCAGUUGACCAGUUGGUAACUGGUAACUAUGCUGUAUACUGGAUCAGGCUUCAAAAGGCAAUUAUAGUUACACCUCUUAUGGACUGUUGACCUAGAACAAUCUUAAUUCUCAUAGUCUUAAAUCUGUAUGAAUGAGGCUGUAUGACUUAAUAUAGGUAAUAUCAUACUCUUGCAGCCGAUACGGUGGGUCAUAAUGGUUUCCUUUUAUAUACUGGAAAUCCUCUCUUUUGUGAUUGUCUGAGAAAAUAAAAAAUAAGUAGGAAGCACAAGUAGGGUAGGCCUGUACUAGCUGAAAAUCCGCAGGAUAUUAUAGAAGCCGUAAAGUCGAUCUGACUUUACAAAACACAUAUCAAUUUAUAUUGCAGAUAUCCACCACGGAUUUCCCCAUUUAUAAUGCCUAUGGGGAAAAUUCGGGGAAAAUCUGCAUUAAAAUCUGUGCUAAUUCCUAAUGUAACACAUGUAGCUUUUGCUACAGAAUUGAUACUACAGAAAAUCCGCCCCUGUGGCUGUAGAUUUACAAAAAAGUGCCACUUGGAAAGUCUUCUCAAAGUGCUUGUUAGUGAGCACCUCACCGACGUAAGGUCUCCCACCCAUGUGGCAGAGCAGAGAGGGGUUACAUGAUAAGACUGGGACUACAGGGUAGCCCACAUUUAAGAUAGACAAGGGGUGGAUCCCCUUUAUCUGGUCCUACAAUUAUCACUUUAGAGGUAAUUUAGUGGGUGUACAGUACCUGAACCCAAUAGUUUAUCUUUGAAAAUAAAUCAUAUUGUUGGUGUAGUCUAAAAGCGCUAAAGGGGCAACAUCAGUACAAAAUGUUGACAAUCUACAUUUUAAACAGUUAUAAUAUAACCGUUUGCUUGACCAGUGUAAAGUAUAGCUAAAUAUGAAGAUUCGACAGAGCUCUUUAUAAUUUAGGGUCCAUUCACACGUCCGUUGUUUGUUUCCUGAUCUGUUCCGUUUUUUGCUGAACAGAUCUGGACCAGAUCUGGACCCAUUCAUUUUCAAUGGGU